AUGGAACCUGUAGGUUCUACUUUAAUAGCAACUUAUGCGCACCUUAAACCAACACCAACCAACUUUCUACCAGCCAUUGGGGGCAUCACAUCAAGCUACAGAGACCGCUUUCCCCAUUACAAUGUGACGCAUAGCUUGAGCCUUCCUUGGAGACCGAGCACAUACUACAAAGUGGCCUCCAACUCACCAACCCUGGGCCCAUACUGUACCAGAGCUCAGAGGGUGUCCGAGAGCACCAUGGCUCCCUUUGUUUCCAACAGAACCACUCUCUUCACCAGAUACACUCUUGAUGAUUGGUACAGGUCCAAUUUAACCAACUACCAAGAGUCCAGUACUUCCCGACAUAAUUCAGAAAGACUUAGGGUAGACACAUCUCGUCUCAUUCAAGACAAAUACCAGCAAAUCAGAAAAACCCAGGUGGACUCGACUCAAAAUUUGGGAGAACGUGUCAAUGACAUAGGGUUUUGGAAAUCUGAAAUCACUCAUGAGUUGGAUGAACUGAUUGGAGAAACAAAUGCAAUUUCUGAUCUUAAAAGAAGGUUGGAGAGGGCUUUGAUAGAGACAGAAGCCCCUCUGCAGGUCACCCGAGAAUGUCUGUUUCAUCGAGAGAAGAGAAUGGGAAUUGAUCUAGUUCAUGAUGAAGCUGAAAAAGAAUUACUGACGGAAGUUGACAUUAUUCUGACUUGUCAAGAAAGAAUGAAGCUACAUUUGGAUAAAGCUAUCACCCAACUUACUGCUGACAGAGCUGUACAGCACGAGUUGGAGAAGGACCUGAGUGACAAACAAGCAGCACACCGGAUAGACGACAAGUGCCACCACUUGCGUAACACUUCUGAGGGUAUCGGCUUCUUCCGCGGAGUGGAGAAUGUGGAUGCCACGGUCUCAGUGCCUGAGUCAUGGGCCAAAUUUACAGAUGACAAUAUUCUGUGCUCCCAGAGUGAACGGGCCGCCUCCUCUAAGCUCAGAGAGGACAUUGAAAACCUCCUGGUUGUGACUGCCAAUGAGAUGUGGAAUCAGUUCAGCAGAGUGAACUUGGCUUUCACCAAUCGCAUUGCUGAGACUGCAGAUACUAAGAAUAAGAUUCAGAUUCACUUGUCAAAGACCCUGCAGGAGAUCUUCCAGACCGAAAUGACCAUUGAGUCCAUUAAGAAGGCCAUCAGGGAAAAGUCUGCCUUCCUGAAGGUGGCUCAGACCAGGCUAGAUGAGCGAACGAGAAGACCCAACAUAGAGCUGUGUCGGGAUGUGGCCCAGCUACGGUUGCCCUCCACUCCAGAGACGAGACAGGCCCCUUGCACAGCUGGUGUGAAUUGUCUCUCAUCUUCAGAAGAGCCUGCCAGUGGGAGCACACCCACUUGGCUGAAUUGUCCAGAGGAGAUAAAUCCUACUAGUUAUAGUCUUUCAGUGUCUCGGGAUAUUGGAUCCAGGGAUCCCUCGCAGAUCUUGCAGCAACGCCUGAAGGAUGCAGAAGAUACCUUGCAGUCACUGGUCCACACCAAAGCCACCCUGGAGCAUGAGCUGGCUGUCAAAGCCAAUACUCUGUACAUUGACCAGGAGAAAUGCAUGGGCAUGCGGAAGAGCUUCCCCAACACCCUCCGGCUGGUCGGCUUCUGUUAG